AAUGAAAGGUCCAAAUUACUAUCUAUCAAGCCAGAGAGAUCUCUUUCAUAUAAUUUUAAGCACCCAUUGUUCUGAUUUAAUGAUGGAUUUCUAUGGCAAGAGAACUCUCCUGAGCUUGAUGGACACCGAAAAGCCAGAACCCCCACAAUCCCCCAUUCACCUUCGUGUCCAAACCCACAGAGAAAUAAGCGAACAAGAUGUUCAGUUUAGUCCUCCAAGACCUUCAAGUUCCGAUAGCACAAUGUUCCCAAUGAUGCCACCUCCAUGCCCAGACUCUCCAUGGACUCUUUCCCCUCUUCCAACUCCUUCUCCUUCUCUUCUUUAUCAUUGCAUCGCUUCACUCCACCGCCACGAAGGUAACAUCUAUGCCAUUGCAGCUUCAAAGGGUUUAGUCUUCACUGGCUCAAACAGCUGCAGGAUUCGUGUUUGGAAGCAACCAGAUUGCAUGGAUAGAGGGUACCUCAAAGCGAGUUCUGGUGAGGUAAGAGCCAUUUUGGCUUAUAGCAACAUGCUUUUCUCCACGCAUAAGGAUCACAAGAUUAGGAUAUGGACCUUUACUGUUUCGGAUAACUUCAAGUCCAAGAAAGUUGGUACUCUUCCUAGAAAAACCUCCAUUCUAAUGUUCCCUUCUAGAGGAAAGAACACGCCUAAGCACAAAGACUCGGUAUCUUGCAUGGCUUAUUACCACUCAGAAGGGCUCUUAUACACUGGCUCUCAUGACAGAACCGUGAAGGCUUGGCGUGUUUCUGAUAGAAAAUGCGUGGACUCGUUUGUAGCACAUGAAGAUAAUGUGAAUGCCAUCUUGGUGAACCAAGAUGAUGGUUGUCUUUUCACUGGUUCCUCUGAUGGGUCAGUGAAAAUAUGGAGAAGGGUGUACACCGAAGACUCACACACUCUCACAAUGACUCUGAAGUUUCAACCUUCACCCGUUAAUGCUCUAGCAUUGAGUUGCUCCUUUAACCAUUGUUUCCUCUAUUCAGCGUCUUCUGAUGGGAUGAUAAAUUUUUGGGAGAAGGAGAGACUUUGUUAUAGGUUCAACCAUGGAGGGUUCUUGCAGGGUCACCGUUUUGCGAUUCUUUGUUUAGCAACCGUUGGGAACAUGAUAUUCAGUGGAUCAGAGGACACAACUAUAAGGGUUUGGAGAAGAGAAGAAGGAAGUUGCUACCAUGAAUGUUUGACGGUUUUGGAUGGGCAUAGAGGACCAGUGAGGUGUUUAGCUGCAUGCCUUGAGAUGGAGAAAGUUGUGAUGGGGUUUUUGGUGUAUAGUGCUAGUUUGGAUCAAACGUUUAAGGUGUGGAGGAUUAAGGUUUUGCCUGAUGAAAAGAUGUGCUUGGACUACAGUAGCAAUCAGUGUGAGGCAAGAGUGAAGAUUAGAGACUAUGAUAUGAGCCCGGUUUUGUCGCCUUCAUGGGUAGAGAAGAAACUUCAAGGUAGCUACUUUCAGUAGGAAUGUACGUAUAGUUAAUACUACUAAUUAAUCAUUAAUAAGUCCUCCCUGUAUACGAUAAAUGAUCGUAGAAAGGAUAACCCGAAGCAAGCAUCGUGUCUCAUUUUGCUUGUGAUAUCUUUUAGCUGUUCUUUUCUUACACUUAGAUAUAGGAAAAUAUACGGAACUUUUCAUAUCUGCAAGUAUCACUUUACUUUAAAUAGUUUUAUAAUAAAUAAAAACAGUAGAU